AUGGCGAAGCUCCAGGGACGCGAAGUCAUGGCGACCAUUGCUAAAGACCCAUCAGCCUGUCAUGCCAAAUUGGGCUGCGCCGAGGCCGCCGUGGAGAAGAUCUUGUCCCGCAGCCAGGGCGGCGGGGGCAGCGCCACGAUUCGGCUGACCCUGGGGCUGCACGGCAUCCACCUGCGGCCCGCCGCGAAGGAGGCCCGCCCGCCUGGCCACGCCUACCUGCUGCACCGCAUCACCUACUGCGGGGCGGACCGGCGCCACCCCAAGGUCUUCGCCUGGGUGUACCGGCAUCAGGUCAAGAACAAGGCGGUGGCGCUGCGCUGCCACGCGGUACUGCUGUCCAGGGCCGAGAAGGCCCAGGCCGCGGCCCGGCUGCUCUACCAGACCUCCGCCGCCGCCUUCAACGAGUUCAAGCGCCUCCAACGGCAGAGCGACUCUCGCCGCCUGCAGCGGCAGCUCCUGGGGGAGGCCAUCGUCCCGCUGGUGCCCCUGCGCAGGCUGCUCAAUGGCAAGUGCCCGUACAGGCCGCCUCUGGACCGCGGCCGCAACGCCCCCAGGCUGAGCUCCAUCCAGGAGGAGCAGGAGGAGGAAGAGCAGCAGCAGGAGGAGGAGGAGCAGAGGAAGAAGGAGCGGCCUGCUGGAGCCAGGGCUUUGUGCGCACCCAGGUGCCGUCCUGCCGGUGCAGCGCACGACUGGCUCGCCACCCACGCCGUCAUCUGCACCAUUUGUGGCUUUGGCUCUGCGGGCACUGCCCUCUGGGCCGACCACACCGCCCCCAGCCACCACGUUGCCCCGCUUCCAGAUCCCAAGAUGGCCAGAGGCCGUGACCGGCCAGAGAUGCAGACCUUGGUGCGGGAGUUCCAGUUCUGCACCCUGCGAGGUCCGCUGCCCGUGGAGGACACGGCAUCGUGGACGCCUAACCAGGAGUCCCCUUGCUUGUCCUGUUAGAAUCGCUGAAGCCAUAAUUUUUAUUCUUCGAGAUUCAGGUGGGGAGGGCAAGUGGGCGGAUGGAACACGAUGUUCCUUCCAUUUUGUUCUCCUGGUUUCCAAAUCCAGAGUUUGACAAUCUAUACACGGCCGAAUCAUUAGUCCUUGUCAACUGAGCUUCAUUGUCCGGUGCCACAUUAUCACAGCCCGUCUUAUUCGGCUUGGGAAAAAACAAAAGCUUUACCUUUUCUGUGGAUUUCUGAGGUUGGCAGAAGGAAGCAGGAUGGGAUUCUUGGUACUUUGGGGGGAGAUUUUACAUAUUUGGUGGCCUUGGGGAGGGAGAGUGAGAACUGGGUUAUGUUUGUAGUUGCUGAAAUGCAAAAAAAAAAGGGGGGGGGAAAUGCCUUUAAAUAAAAUCUCUUUGGGUAUGUA